AUAUAUAUACUUAAAUAUGUGUGUGUCUGUAUGUUUACAUGAAAGUGUGUGCAUAUACAUGGGCUGUAUGUAGGCUAUAAAAACUGAGCCUGACAGCGGGGGCAGCUUUUUUCACCUGCAAGGAACGUGGAUACAUUUCGAGGGAUUUUCACAUCUUGGUGGCAUUUUCUUUUUCUUUUCUUUUUCAUUUUUUUUUUUAAGUUUUUUUUUCUUGAAGACAUUCAUCCGGGCCGAGCCGGCAAUUAAAAAAAAAACAAUAUCGGUGCGCAGUUUUGGAGGCUCGGUGGUGAUGUGAGGGGCUGAUAACACAUUUCAGCAACAAAAGAGAGGGGCAGAGAGAGAGAGAGAGAGAGGGAGAAGGCCCUUUGAAGGAGAAAACAGCGAGGAAGAGCCAUCACAAAUAAGGAGGACAAACCGGGAUAUAUUGGACUGCUCCGGAAUUGGAGGUGGUGGGGAUCCUGUCGAAAAGACGACCGCAGGCCCCGACGUAGACAGUGGUCGGGGAGACAGAGAAACAGGCUGAUAGCAUAAGUGUUCACCUCUGAAAACGUUUAUCAUGAGGGGAGACGAGGAAACGAGCCGCGCCACAACACGGACGACCUUUUCGGACACGCCGUGUUCGGCUUCUUGUCAUGGGCAGCAGUGAGACGCAAGACCCGGGCUUUUGGAGAUGCAAAUUAGGCUGUUGAUUCUGCCUCCGUUUGAGGUGAAACCCCGGUUUUUGGUGUCUUAACAGAAGUGUGGAUUACAGUUCUCAGCGUUACACAGGUGACGGGGGGAGUGUGGGGGAAACUAAACAAAAACUACAGUGCAUGUGAAGGAGGAAAAAGCCCGAGUAGGGUUCAGCAAACUGAGAAGGCGGCCUCGGUGUCGUCAGCAACAGUAUCCUGCCCUUCUCUGACAGCAACAUACGCGUUAUGGACACAUAAUUUAUCCAGUGCUGCACCGCGGACAGUGUUUGGAGCAGACCGGGGACGUUGAACGGUGUAAAUGUGGGUGACAUUGCUCCCAAAUCUACGGGUCAAACGAGGGAUCUAGACUAGUUUAGUUUAUUUAUUUAUUUUUCUUUCUACAUACCCCCCUCCACCUCUACUUCUUGUUCUUCCUCCACCUCCUCCACCACCUCCUCCUCCUCCUCCUCCUCCUCCUCCUCCUCCUCCCCUGGACCCCCUUUUUUCUUUUUUCUUGCGGGAAGAUGGGUUGUUUGGGCAACAGUAAGACCGAAGACCAGAGAAAUGAAGAGAAGGCACAAAGAGAAGCAAACAAAAAGAUAGAGAAGCAGCUCCAAAAAGACAAACAGAUAUACAGAGCAACACACAGACUACUACUUCUAGGAGCUGGAGAGUCAGGAAAGAGCACCAUAGUGAAACAGAUGAGAAUCCUACAUGUCAACGGCUUCAAUGCAGAAGAGAAGAAGCAGAAAAUUCAGGACAUCAAAAAUAAUAUUAAAGAGGCUAUUGAGACCAUAGUAACAGCUAUGAGCCACCUGACACCGCCAGUGCAGCUGGUGAGCCCAGAGAACCAGUACCGCAUCGAAUACGUCCUCAACCUCGUCAACCAGAAGGACUUUGAGUUUCCAUCAGAGUUUUACGAACAUGCGAAGACACUGUGGCAGGACGAGGGGGUCAGGGCGUGUUACGAGAGAUCCAACGAGUACCAGCUGAUCGACUGUGCACAAUACUUUCUAGACAAGAUUGACAUUGUGAAACAGAGUGAUUACACUCCAACAGAUCAGGAUUUGCUGCGGUGCAGAGUACUGACUUCAGGGAUCUUCGAGACAAGAUUCCAAGUGGACAAAGUUAAUUUCCAUAUGUUCGAUGUUGGGGGUCAAAGAGACGAACGCCGGAAAUGGAUUCAGUGUUUUAACGAUGUAACAGCCAUCAUUUUCGUGGUGGCCAGUAGCAGUUACAACAUGGUGAUCAGAGAGGACAAUCAGACAAACCGAUUACAGGAGGCUCUCAACCUCUUCAAGAACAUCUGGAACAACAGGUGGCUGCGGACCAUUUCUGUUAUCUUGUUCCUAAAUAAACAGGACCUGCUAGCAGAGAAGGUGCUGGCAGGGAAGUCCAAAAUCGAGGAAUACUUUCCUGAAUUUGCUCGCUACACUACACCAGAUGACGCAACACCAGAGCCUGGAGAAGAUCCACGUGUUACAAGGGCAAAGUACUUCAUAAGAGAUGAAUUCCUGAGGAUCAGUACAGCAAGCGGGGACGGGAGGCACUACUGUUACCCACACUUCACCUGUGCCGUCGACACAGAAAACAUCCGGCGUGUCUUCAAUGACUGUCGAGACAUCAUCCAGCGGAUGCACCUGCGGCAGUACGAGCUGUUGUGAUGGGAAAGGAAAGGGGUUCGGCCAAAAACACAGAAACGGAUUGGACAAUGAGAAACCCUGAACCCUGAGUCGCUUAAUUCCCCUCUUCCACAGAAGUGUGAGAGCUCUUGUGAAGGAACGGGGGCCAAAAACACACACACACACACACACACACACACACACACACACACACACACACAGACUCUCUCUCUCUCAUUCAUUCAUUCAUUCAUUCAUUCAUACACAGACACACACUUACAGUAAACACACCCUGAACCCAGAAUUUCCCCUGAUUCAAACUCCCCACCUGCAGUAGACAGAGCUGUUUUGAUGGACUGGUUUGAGGGGCGAACACAUUAAUGAAGUCUUUUCUCCACCUUCAGCCAAACUCCCAGCUCCUCACCUCUCCACAUCACGUAUCAUCCCUUUCCUUCACCUCUCCAAAAACCCUGACAGUCCCAGUCUGGACUGUAUUUCCUGCAGUGAGGAGGGUUUGAGCUAUAGUUGAGAUUGUAAAAUUUCCAUCUUGUUCAGGUUGGGAUGAAAACUGAGAGAGCUACUACUUCAGUGUAAGUGGGAAGUGGGAACUGUUGAAUUACUGCAAAUAGGGAAAAAAACAUGUCACAAGAGCUGAAAACUGUAUCUAACAAAAAACACAAGCACUGUGCUCAGGACUUGACUCAAACCAUGUACACCAAUCGAUCAUAUCACUUACACACAUCCAUAAAUCUAACCACGGGGUCUGCUUGCACACAGAAACAUAUCACAUCUGCUUUUUACUGGACUGCACAACUGCAGUGGAUCCAGAAAUGUACUGAUCUGCUGAUGAUCGACAGGCUCGUCUACCUGCUGGUGGAUUUUUCUGGCACAGUGCUUUGAGAUUAAACAGACCGAGUGUCUGACUGUGCAGACAAGCCCCGAGGAGCAACGUUGCCACAGACUACAUGGACCAGGGCUGUGUUGUGAUCAGUCAUAAAAGCAGAACAGAGCCGACUCGGAUGUGAAUUUCUCUGAUGGAGUCUGGACAUGUUUGAUGGGGGGCAACGGUCCCUCGACUUCUUCACAGAAUUGUUUUGCCACCUUACAUUGCCUUGUUGGUAAUGAAGCAAAACGUGAGGAGGAUAUAUUGAGUUUAAAACAAAAAAGAAACAAAAAAUAUGCCAUCUUUUUUGGAACUUAACAAGCGGAGGGCAAAAAGCAUCCUUCUGCAGUACAGUACCAUAUAAGUUAAAAAGAGCUCUCAUCUUGUCAUGAUUGACCCUGUUUUAUUGUCUCCACAGCUGUUUUUGUCUGUGUAGACUUUUGUGCCAUUGUGCCCUGUGCGCUCUUUUUCUUUAUCUGUAUGCUCUUUCCCUCUCUGUCGUUCUAUCCUUUUUUCACCCCUGCUCUUUCUCCUCUGAGGAUCUACUCACUUCCCCAUCUUCGCAUUUCUCCCCCUCUCUUUCCACCCCCCACUUCCUCCCCUCCACCACCCUCCCAUCUGUACUUUUACCUGUCUGGUAGUGCUGUUUUGUUUUAAGAGAAAAUAAAAUAUAAUAAUCCUGGAAUAUAAAAAACAAGAAGAUAAAAACAACAAAACAGGACACUAAUGUUUUUUUGGGCAAACAACCUGCUCACACCUCCCUGCCAUUCCUCCCUCUGUCAUUCCUCCAUCUGUCCUCCUUCCUCCCCGACCUCCCGCUCCUUUGUAUGUCCAUCUUUACUUUACUGCUGAACUAUUAUUCUUGUACAGACUGUAAAAUGUAUUAUUUUGUACAACUUUAUUGAAAAAAUAACUUUUAGAAGAUCCCUGUGCCUUGAUCACGACUGUACGUGUGUAAUGAGCUAAAGUGGGUGUCAUACUGCGCUGUAUAGCUUGGCCAAUCCCCUCCUAACUCCCUGCCUUCCUCGCCAUUUCCUUCUCUCUCUCUCUCUCUCUCUCUCUCUCUCUCUCUCUCUCUUCCCCCUCCCCCCCCCCCCCCCCCCCCCGGGACAGAGGACAGCCAUUCGAAGCUUUUGUAGUUUUGUUUUCCCCUAUCCUCCCAUUCUCUUUAUGAUUUAAAUGUCUAUUUUUGGAUCCAUAUACCCCAAAAAGAUAAAUAUAUGAAAUGUAUAUGGGUUUUAAAAAAAGUAUUUUAUUAGAAUCAAAUGAACAUUGACAAAUUGUACACUUGAUAGUGUGCGUAUUGCUAUAACUUAAAUCCUUUCAACUGAAGUUGUGUUCAGGUUUCUUUUAUUUUCUUACGUUUACAUCUGCAAAGGACUUAUGAAGGUUUAAAAGAAGACGACAGACGCAAAACAUUGUUUGUUUCUACACAAAUCUUAUUCUUUUGGCCAAAAAUGAAAAAGAAAUGGGGGGGGGGUCUUCCUUAGCCUUGCACAGCAAGAGGCAGCCUGUACAGUAUUAGUGUUGCUCUCUUUUCAGUGGCCUAGUCUUCAUUUAAUGUGUACAUCAAAUAUGGGUCCCUACUUUCUGAACAGGCGCUUUAAGAAAUAAAGUUUUUUUGAUGCAGACAGCAA